AUGGAUCGACUGGGCAGCAGCAAGCACUCAGCGAAGAACAUAAGGGCGAGGAUCGGGCCGAUACGAAGUAAGAAACAGGCCACGGUGCAGUGGCUCAAAAAGGACGUCGCCAACCUCAUCGCUGCCGGCCACGAAGCGAACGCGUACGGAAGGUUUUCAGAUAUUAGAACUUCUGGUUCAGAUUAUAGCAUCUCGACAUAUGAAGGACGACAAAAAAGCCAUCAUUUUUGUAGAUCGCUGCCCCUGAUUAUAGAGGAUCCUUUCAAACGAAUGGAAAAUGCUACUAGAACAGUCCGCUGGGUUGAACUACCUAAGAUAUCAAAUGCAUUUCAGAAUGCGCACAAUAAGCUUUCAUCUGGUUCGAUAACAUUUUCUUUAAUGCAAGAACGUGACUUGUUCAUUCGACUAUGUGGUUCCAGAUUUCUUAUGAUUAUUUCUAAUUGGCUUCUCAUUUUUCUGGUCGUAGAGAUCGAGCGGAUCGAAGAAAUACUUGCAAUGUCGAAUGGAAAGUUCAACUGUUUAUGCCAUUGCAUUGUUAGCCUCUGGACAGAGCUCUGCAAUAACUGGUACAUACGCUGGGCAAUACAUCAUGCAGGGUUUUCUAAACAUGAAGAUGAAAAAUGGCUGAGGAAUCUCAUGACUCGAUCAAUUGCAAUCACUCCAAGUCUCAUCGUGUCCAUCAUCAGUGGUUCCUCAGGAGCCGAACGGCUCAUCAUAAUCUCAUCGAUGGUACUAUCAUUUGAGUUGCCAUUUGCACUCUUAUCUCUUCUCAAAUUCAGUAGCAGUCAAACAAAAAUGGGACCUCAUAAAAGUUCAAUAUAUAUCAUUGUGGUGUCAUGGAUUCUUGGUUUGCUUCGGGUAGCAAUCAACAUCUACUUCUUAAGCACCAGCUUUGUCAGUUGGCUCAUUGAUAGCAGCCUACCAGCAAUUGCUAACGUUCUCAUCAACAUCAUUGUUUUCCCUCUCAUGGUAGUGUACAUUCUUACUGUGAUCUACUUAACCUUCAGGAAGGAGACUGAAGUAACAUUCGUCGACCCAUUGAAUUCUUCACAUGUUAACAUAGAGAGUGGUGGUUUAUUUCAAGUUGAUGGAAUGAGUAGAUUUGAAGUUGCACCCGUCAGAGAGGAUCGUGCAGAUAUUCCCCUCCCUGAUUAGAUAAUUAAGGUUCUAAUUACUUGGAUGUUGGUACUGAGUCCUUCACAAGUUAGUUCUUCUUCGGCACCAACUUCAUAUUGUUCAUUAAUUGUAAAUAGAGUUUAUUUGUUUAUUUGUAUUGGGAUAAAUUUUAUUUGAACAUGAGAUAUGUUUCUUCUUUUGUAA